AUGGCUCGUCGCAUCGUGCUCUCCGCUCUCGCAACGUCGCUGUCCGCGGCGUCGACGACGACGAUCGACUGGAAUGCCCAGUUCUCCGCGGAUCCGAAGACGACGACCGUGGACGCCGACGCCGACCUGGUCUUUAGCUGGAGCGGCGGCCACGACGUGUGGAUCAUGGCGGACGAAUUCUCCUACGAGGAAUGCGACUUCAGCGGCGGCACGAACCUCGGCAGUUCGUCGGGCGUCGAGGUCAGCGCCCAGCCCGGCGAGACGGUCUACUACAGCUGCUCCGUCGGCUCGCACUGCGCCGCCGGCCAGAAGGUCGCCGUCACCUGGGAGUCGGCUUCGGGCGCCGCGCCCGCGCCGACGGCGGGCCCCGCGCCGAGCCCGACGGCCGCGGCCGUUUCCUGCGCCGACGACGAGUCGUGGUACAAAAAGAACGCGCCGGCCAAGGACUGCGCCUGGGUCGCGAACCUCCCGGAGGACCGCUGCGGCGCGAAGGGCGACGAUUCCCAGGCGUGGCAGAGCUGCCCGGUCGUGGGUUUUUACUACAACCGGGCGUCGGUCAUCGGCGAGGACGGGUCCCUCGCCUACGAGGCGUGCCCGUCGGCGACGCGUCGCUGCUACUACGACGGCUACGACGACUCCGAGACCUGGGCGAAGAGGGACCAGCCGUGGAAGGAUUGCGCCUGGGCAGCGGAGGCGAUGAGCCGCUGCAUCGCCAUCGGCGAGGACGGCUCCUACGGGUUCGAGAGCUGCCAGGCCGCGUGCCUCAUCGGCAAGUACGCCGACUCGGAGUCUGGCGACGACGACGCGUGGGCCAAGAAGAACAGCCCGUCCAAGGACUGCGCCUGGGUCGCGAACGACGCGCCGGCGCGGUGCUCCGUCAAGGGCGAGGACGACUCCUGGGCGUUCCAGAGCUGCCCCGACGCGUGCACCAUCGUCAACUUGUAG